AAUUGCAUUACAAUUAUAAAAGAAAAUUGAUCCCUCCACUGGAGGUAAAUUGGACUGGCAUCCUUUAAGUUCACGUACUGCUACUGGUGGUGAUAGAGUCCUCUGUUUUCUGAGAGUCAGAGCAGCAGCAUUGAAGUUCACAUAGCCAAUCAUCACAAUGGAUCUGAGAGCUAUAGUGGUAGGCAUAUCUCUGUUUGUGUUCAGCAUUGGAGCUGAAGGGCAAGGGCUUUCUUAUAAUUUCUAUGAGAACUCAUGCCCACAAGUUGAGGCCAUUGUUAGAGCUGCCCUCCAACCUAUUUUUCUCACUGAUCCCACUGCUCCUGCAGCUCUGUUGAGGCUCAUGUUCCAUGAUUGCCAAGUUCAGGGCUGUGAUGCUUCAAUUCUUGUGGAUCCAAAUGAGAAAACUGUGUCAUCUGAAAUGGCUGCAGGGAAAAACUUUGGUAUCAGAAAGAGAGAGUCAAUCAACAUUCUCAAGGCAAUGGUUGAAUUGGAAUGUCCCCAACAGGUUUCUUGCUCUGACAUUCUUGUCUUGGCUGCUCGGGAGGCAGUGGCUGCGUCAGGAGGGCCAGAGAUAAAGGUUCCUUUGGGAAGAAGAGACUCUUCUGUUCCUCCAAACUAUAAGCUUGCAGAUUCUUUGCUUCCUUCUGCUGCCAUUGGAGUUGAUGGCAUGCUUCAACUAUUUGCAAAGAAAGGGAUGACAGUUGAAGAAUCUGUGGCCAUAAUGGGAGCGCACACACUAGGGGUGACACAUUGUUUGAACAUUCUAAAUCGUCUAAGCGGACUUGAUCAAGGUGGGCGUGUAGAAGGCAUGGCGCCCAUGUUUGAAGCAUUCCUCAGGAUAAACUGUCCUCAAGGCUCUUUGACAUCAAAUGCAAGCUUCGUUCUUAAUGACCCUACAACACUUACAUUUGACAACCACUACUACAAUAAUGUAAUUAGAGGCCAUGGGGUACUUGGAGUUGAUGCUGAAAUGGUGAUGGACCCGCGCACAGCUCUCGCUGUCAAGCGAUUUGCUGCUGAUCAGGAUGGUUUCUUUCAGGCAUUUUCUUCUGCCUUUGUCAAGCUCUCUAGCUCUAGUGUCCUGAGUGGGAAUCAAGGUGUUGUUAGAAAGAUAUGCAAUGCACUGGACUGAGAGUCAAAGGUGUUUGUUAAUUUAAAUUGCAAUACCAUUGUUGUUACCAAAAAUUA